UUGUAACAUUUCAAAGAAAGAAUAAGACGAAUAUGUAUUAUUGGAUAGCGACAUCUUUAUUCAUUUCAAGCGGCGGUAAAAUCGAAUUUGAAAUGACAAUUUAAGGUUAUAUCUAAUUAUUUUUGUCAAUAUAGUUUCAGAGUGGGCAAAUCUUAAAGCACUUAUUUUGAAUGUACCAUUCAUUACGAUGUAUUAUUAAUACAUAUAAAGUAAUAAUAAAUUAUAUAUAUGACACAGUAUUUUAGUUUCAAAGAGUAAAAAUGAAAAGACAUUUUAUUAAUUAUUGCGAAUAAAAGAAUGAUUUAUAAAUAGAUCAUGAAAAGGCAAUCUGUCGAAGAAAAAACAUCUGCAAAUAAUGCAGUAAAUUCGAAAUUAUACGAAAAUGAAAGUUCGAAUGAAGUAUUAAAUGAUUCUCAACUCAAAGAACAAUCGUCAAUAGCGACGACACCAAAAUCUUUAAUUUUUAUGAAGUUAGAAAUGAUUAAGCCAAGCAUGGAAGGUGCGUCAUCAAUGAACCCGGAGAAAGAUUUUUCGUAUAUCGAAGAAGAUACAAUGACGGAAUUGCCCUUUUUAGAUAUUACAAACAAUGAAUCGAUUCAAAACGUAACCAAUAUCGAAGAAAAGAUUAUUAACGGUUCAAAAUUUACUUUUUCUGCAAAGCAAACAAAGGAGAUGUCAAUGAAACUUACAAUUAGUUGUGACGCUACGACAACGCAAGCUGCAAUUCCUUACUCUUCGUCCGUGUCAACUAUGCCAUCCAUUGUACCAACAAAAGAUAUUUUACAAAUAUCCACUACUCCUUUAUCUUCUAUAGGAUCUAUUCCUAAAAGCGAGAUUCUAACAAUCACUACAGAUUAUAACAAUCGUUCGCCUGAUGUACACAGUAUACUUGUAGAUGUAGUCGAUCAACACGAUCCAACGUCGAUAUUUAAUCGAGAUCUACAGCUGUCGAUCGAAGAAGCGUUUGAUUUACCACGACGAAGUAUAUCAUCUGUAAGAAAUAAUUUCGUUAAUCGAGUAAGACAAUCUCGUAGAAUUUGGAGAUUAAGAAAAUAUCUAUGUUGUAUUGCAACGACGGACGAAGAGGUUGCAAUGUUUUAUCUCUCCCAUGUUUUAAUCGAUUUUCUCGUAGUUGCUUCUUCGUAUUUUUCUAAUCAAUUCGGCUAAUAGACAGAUACAGUUCCAAGUUUGAGAGGGGCUCCACCUACAUAUUCAUCGAUAUAUGUUAGCCCAGGAACGAUAUUACAUCAAGAAUCGUUAAUUGCACAAACAAAUUUACACGAUAUCAGAAGAUUUAUUUUUUCACCUACGAAUCAAUCGUCUUUUGUAGCACCUACUCCUCCGCCAAGUUAUGCUCAAUCUCAGGGUAUUCAACUUAGCCCAUAUUUUACGGAAGAAGAUCUUUCCGUUUCACGUAAAUAUCGUUUCAUUAACAUGAAACUUAUUAAAAAUCUUAUUAUUUUGUAAUAAAUAAGAAUAUUUUAUUUAAAUCUUAUUGUGAUAAUAUGAAAUUAAAAGAUUCUUAUGUAAUUAAAAUUAUUUCACAUUAUCUUUUCAUCAAUUCUCUAGCAAGUGCUAAUUCUUGGUCCCCAAGACCCAUAGCUACUAUUUGUACACGAUGCUUAGCCCUUGUCAUUACUCUGACAGAAGUUCGUCGAUCAAAUAUUGUACAUUUAAGUGCAUUUCUUCUUUGUCUUUGUGGGUUAGUAAAUGAAAACGAAAAGUGUCAUUUAUCCUUCAAUAUUUUUUAAAUAUUUAUACAUUAAUUAAUUUCUUAAAC